AUGUCAGACGACACGGCCAACCGCCCGGCGGCGAGGGGAUUCCUGCUGCUGGGAUUCUCGGAGGUCCGGGGGCUGCGGCCGGUCCAGGCCGCGCUGUUCCUCCCGGUCUUCCUGGCGGCCCUGACGGGGAACCUCCUCAUCGUCGCCGUCACCGUCCUCGACCGCCGCCUCCACACGCCCUUGUACUUCCUCCUCGGGAACCUGGCCCUCGUCGACCUCCGCUACGUCUCCGUCACCGUCCCCAAAUCCAUCCCCGACUCCCUCUCGAACGGCAACUCCGUCUCCCCGCCGGCCUGCGCCGCCCAGGUCUUUCUCGUGAUCUUCUUGAUCGGAUCGGAGAUGGCCCUGCCGACCGUCACGUCCCACGACCGCCUCGUGGCCGUCUGCCGCCCCCUGCGCUAUGACACCGUCGUGCACCGCGGGGCCUGUGCCUCCGUGCUGGCCGCCUCCUGGCUCAGCAGCGGCCUGAACGCCGCCCUCUACGCGACCGGCGUCUUCUCCCUGUCCUUCUGUGCCCCCAACGUCGUCCACCAGUUCCUCUGCGACGGCCCCCAGUCGCUGAGGCUCGCCUGCUCCUCCGGCCAAGGGGCCCAGAAGCUGAGUUUAGCCACGACCGUCGGCUUACCCUUCUUCUGCUCCGUGCUCGUCGUCGUCUCGUACGCGCGCAUCUUCCGGGCCGUGCUGAGGAUGCCGGCCGCCGAGGGCCGGGGCAAAGCCUUCUCCACCUGCCCGCCCCACCUCGCCGUCGUCACCCUUUUGGUCACCUCCGGCUCCUCUGCCUACCUGAAGCCGAUAUCCGACUCCCCCUCCGCGCUGGAACUCAAGCUGUCCGUGUUCUACUCCGUGUUGCCCCCCACCUUGAACCCCCUCAUCUACAGCCUGAGGAACCGCGACGUGAAGAUGGCGAUGGAGAAACUCUUAGGGCAGAAGCCCCCCCCCCCCGGGGGGGGCUUUCCUUUAGAUGAUCAGCUCCUUGGGCUCAGGCCUGCCGUCUGCCGAAAUAAAAACAAUAAAAACGAAUGA